AUGAAACCAUCAAGAAGUAAACAAUUGAAAAAAACUCCUGGCAAAAGUCGUUCUGGAUCAUUCAAAGAUGAACCGGUUGAAGUGUAUUGCAGAAUUAAACCAAUUCCAAAUACCUUAGAAAGCUGCUUGAAAUUAAUUUCUUCAAAAACAGUCCAAUUAUUUGCUCCUGAAGGUUUUUCAGGUUACAGAAAUGGGUUAAAUGGCAAAGAAAUUCAGUAUACAUUCAAACAAGUUUUCGAUGAUAGUUAUUCGCAGAAAGAAAUUUUUGAUACAGUAGCUUUUCCUUUAGUACAUCAACUAGUUAAUGGAAAAAAUGGUUUAUUGUUUACCUAUGGAGUGACUGGAAGUGGAAAGACUUAUACCAUGAAUGGUGAACAUCAUGAUGGGGGUAUUAUGCCUAGGUGUAUUGAUGUAAUUUUUAACUCGAUAUCUCACUACCAGGCUAAAAAAUUUGUUUUUAAACCUGACAAAAUGAAUGGCUUCGAAAUACAAGAUGAAUCCGAGGCACUUUUGUGUUGUCAAAAUGAGUUAGGUUAUUUAACACCCGGUCCAAAAAAUCCUAAAACGCCUAAAAGGAAAGAUUGUUAUGGAGAUGGAGAUGCUCUUCAAAACCGAACCCCAGAUGAUAAUAAAGUCGAAAGUUUAGAUGAAGAAAAUAUGUAUGCAGUAUUUGUAACAUAUAUAGAAAUUUACAAUAAUAAUGUUCAUGAUUUAUUAGAUGAUUCUGUCGAGGAUCUCAUAACAAAAAAACUGCAAAAUAAAGUUAUAAGGGAAGAUGGCAAUAGAAAUAUGUAUGUUCAUGGUGUAACUGAAAUCGAGGUUAAGAGUCCUGAUGAAGCAUUCGAAGUAUUUUACAAGGGUCAGAGAAGGAAGAGAAUGGCUCAUACUAAUUUAAACGAGGAAUCGAGUAGAAGUCAUUCUAUUUUUACUAUUCGCUUAGUACAGGCACCAACCGAAGCUCUUGAGGAGCAGGGAUCAGUUUUGAAAAAAUAUUUAGUAGUAAGUCAAUUAUCUCUUGUAGAUUUAGCAGGAAGUGAAAGAACUAAUAGAACAAAAAAUACAGGGCAAAGGUUAAGAGAAGCAGGUAAUAUAAAUAACUCACUGAUGUGUUUGAGAACAUGUUUGGAAAUAUUAAGAGAAAACCAACAAAAUGGUAGUAAUAAAAUUGUGCCAUACAGAGACUCAAAAUUAACUCAUUUAUUUAAGAAUUAUUUUGAUGGUGAUGGACAAGUUCGAAUGAUAGUUUGUGUAAAUCCCAAAGUUGAAGAUUAUGAUGAAACAAUUCACGUUUUAAAAUUUGCUGAAAUGACUCAAGAAGUUCAGGUACCUCGAUUGGUUACUCCGAGACAGGACUUUUGCGUGACGCCUGGAAGACGUAGAUAUAACCAAUACAUGAAGAAAACUCUGGAAGAAAUAAAUUCUAAUACUGAAGUUAGAGAAUUGAAUUUUAACGAACCUAUAACGGUUAAUGCUGUGCCUGUUGUAACUUCACCAUUUCCUUCUUUGUUUUUGUUAAAUUACGAUGAUGAAAUGACUUUGGAAAACUUAAAAGUAUACCUGCAGCAAAGAUUAGCUAAAAGGAAUGAACCUCUUGAAAAAUUAAACGAGUUAUAUCAAAAACUCAGACAAGAACUUGUAAAGAGAGAGGGUGAAUUUUUAAUAAUGAAACAAGAAAUUGUCGGCGUUAAAGGAACUCUAGAACAAGAAAGGAAAAAGUCGGCAAAUUUAGAAAGUCAAUUGGGAUACUGUCAAAACGAGCGAUUGGAAUUAUUGAAAAAAGUUGAAGAGAAAGAGCAGAUAAACAGAGAACUGCAACAGAAAACGGAAGAUUUGAACAUGCUCAUAAGUCAAAAAAUUUUAGACAAAGAAAAAGUUAAAGAAAAAUGUGUGAGCAAAAUAGCUGCGGCCAAAGAGAAAUUGGCCAGAGAAAUGAAAUUGAAAUUGAACAAAGAAAGGGACGAAUAUCAGACGAAAAUGAAAGAUCAACAAGAAAAAUUUAGAAUGAUUCGGGAAUUUUUAGACGAAGCCACUCCCAAGCUGACUUCUCGUAAUUACGGACUAAGAGGACCCGAAAACACUCCCGUGACUCCGCGUUCUGCUGUCAACACUCACGGAACCUUUUACAUGCCACCGAAUUUAACGGAAACUCCUACUCACGGCCACACAUUUAAAAGAGGCAUCGCUGUGAGUAAUCCUCGACAUAGAAGAUCUCGUUCGGCUGGUUGCGGUGAUGUUUGGUUGGAUCACAAACCACCAACAGCCGUUGAAUUGAACACGGUUUUUCAGCCGAGCAUGAAAAGAAGAAAAUCUGUUACCAAACUCACAGACGUGAAAGACAUCGUCAAUUCCAAGACGUCUAAAUAUUGUCUAACGACUCAAGAGCAAGAUACAGAUGGCGAACUCGAAACUAAAUUAUACAAAGGUGAUGUUAUUCCGACAACCGGCGGUGGAGCACAAGUUAUACUCAACGACGUUGAACUUUUAAAACAAUUGUCUCCGACAUCGGAAUUAACGUCUAGAAAAAGAAGUUUCAUCGAAGAGAGUAAUGGCGUUACGGAAUCAAGAUGUGCCAUUUCCAUCGAAGGCCACAGCAAGAGAACUAAAACUUAA